CCACAACCAAAAAGCAGCUGAAUCAGCUGACUGGAAGCCACUACCCUGAUGUUCAGUCUUGGUUUAGACAGCACAUAUUCAGUACUGAAGUCAAGGAGAACAGGCAGUGCAGGAGAGACACUGAACCUGGAGGUUUGGAAACAGCCAAGCUGUAUUUGAAACAAACAUAUCCAGUAAUGGCUCCCCGGAUAAGGCUGAGCUUAGCAAAGCCUCUCCCAACCAUCAGUGAAGCCUUUGAGGAUAUUCUAGAAGAUAUAACAAGCAACACAAUUGGUUUUGGAAAUGUUUACAUGAAUCCAGAUUCUUGUUCAGGUGAAGACUACUGUCAAUCUAACUGCCAACUGUCAAGAUCUACCUUUCCAGGACCACUAGAAAGCAAGCAUCAACUUCAAGACAAAGAGAGAUGUGGAAUGCUGCACAGCCGUCGAAGAAUCUUAAACUUGUCUGAGCCACCAAAAAUGGUUUCUAGAUGCACUCUUCCUAAAGUGACGUCACUAGAACAGAACAGUUUCAUUCUUGAUUGUAUCAAAACCUAUUCCACUUCUGGCAUGAACACGUUAGAAGAGCUGUAUGCAGGAGCACAGAAGACGUGUGGAUGGAAAUGUCCUCUUGGCAGUGAGAACACAGGAACUGACUGCACACAGUCCAACUUCCAUAGCACCUGUGUAGCCACCCCUCAAGAAAAAAUGAGCAAAAAACAAUAUGUGACUGGCUUGCCAAGGCACCCUUCUCCAAGACCAUUGCCAAGAGAAAAUAGUAGCCAGGAACGAAAAUAUAAUUACAAUCAAGACCAGGUGCCAACUUUGGAAAGCAGCUCCAAUCCAAACCCUCUUCUUGUUAAUGGUAAAUCAAUCUGGCUGCAUCCCCCCAGAGAAGCACCACUGAGUGCCAGGGUUUGGCGAACUUCACAAAGAGGGCAGCAUAGUCUGAAGGCAACUGGAUGUCCUGAAAAAGAGCAUCUGAGGUCUUCUACUCAUGAACAACCUCUGAAGGCAGAGGCAGAUAACAGAAAUGGCUGGGUGGAGUAUUUCCGUAUUGAUCAGAAAGUCACAAGUCGUGAUUGGAUUGCAGAAUACCAAAGCGCUUGGAAAGAAGCCAAGGUUAGAGCAUGCCUACUCCCUGCCAUAGCAGAAUCAUAGUUUUAUUUUUAUUUAACAUCAACAAAAAAGAUACAAAAAUCUUUCCUUCUCUGUUGUGAAAAGCAUCUGUAGCAUUCUUCCUAUUAAUGGUACAGAAUGCUUAUUUGCAAUUCAUGUUCAUAGCAGAUAGCAUUGCGCAAAUGACUAGGAAGACAUGCGGGAUCUUCAGACAAUCAAGAGGAAUAAACAGCAGUGCUCCAUGGAAGACAUAAUGAGGGCUCUGUAUCUUAGGCAUUCAGAUAAUAAGCCAUAAUUAUUAAACAUUUUUGUAAUCUCUUGCGAUUUUGACCGUGAAAACAGUCAUGAGACACCAGAUACAUCCAGCUUGAAAGCACUGGAACUGAGGUCUAUUUGAAUUUAGCUAAAGUGCACUGCAAAAUAUUUUUAACAGAAAAAAUGUUUAAUCCUGCAUGUGCCAGUCUUGCACAAAUAGGAGGACAGGAUUUAUUCUUUUGGAUUUUUAUCAUAAUCAAAAAGAGAGCCUGGAAGAACCCAGAAGCAAAGAUCUACUACUUCAGAAGAGCAUCAGAAGAGCACAAUGGCUCAGAAAAAGCUCAGAAAAAGGGAUCGAUACCCCUCCCAUCCUGUUGUCCCCUCCCCAGCAACUAUAUUCAGUGCAACUAAAUCUCAAGGCUCCAAAGAGUCACGGAUCACGUUAUCACUGACCACAUUAUCUACCCUGAUUUAUCCACUUCCCUUUUAAUUCCGGUUAAUUGGAAAGCCAUCAGUGUGAUUGUUUAUCAACACAUUCCAUAUGCUAUCUAUUACAAGAAGAUUUUUGUUUGACUUGAUCUCUGGGUUCACCAGAACACUAUCCUUGAACAUUAGGCUAUAGCCAACUCCCAUUAGCUUCUGUCAUCUUUUUACAGAACUUAGAUCUCUUUCCUCAGCUCAACUUCCUAAGAGAAAGUAAGCCCUCAUUGGUUUUCUAGGUAUCAACCAAACCACUUUUUAGCAGAAUCUUCUGC